AUGGAGCUCCAGGCAAGGUGCCUCUGCGUCGUGGCGAUGCUCCUGGUGGCCGGCCUCGCGGGGCUGGAUACGGCGCACGGUGCGGGGGAGUGCGGCCGCGUCCCAGUGGACCAGGUGGCGCUCAAGCUUGCGCCGUGCGCGGCGGCCACGCAGAACCCGCGCGCCGCGGUGCCGCCGAGCUGCUGCGCGCAGGUGCGCUCCAUCGGGCGGAGCCCCAAGUGCCUGUGCGCCGUCAUGCUGUCCGACACCGCGCGGAAGGCCGGCGUCAAGCCUGCCGUGGCCAUGACCAUCCCCAAGCGCUGCGCCAUCGCCAACCGCCCCGUCGGCUACAAAUGCGGCCCAUAUACCCUGCCAUGA